AUGUCGGAUCCCCAGCGGGUGAAGGAAAUAUCAGAAGAACCGCCAAUGUCGAGACUUUUUAUUAUUUGCGGCAAGCAGAUCACGAAGGAACAGCUGAUAAAGCAUUUCGAAACGGACGGCUUGAUUGAAGAGUGCGUUGUAAUAACGGACCGUAAAACCGGCCAAGGAAAAGGUGUUGCUUACGUAAAGUUCUCGAAAACUUCUGCUGCUGCCCGGGGGCUUCUGAAAAACGGUUCCAUCGUGGAGGGUGAUAGACGGCCCAUAAAAGUGAUGAUAUCUGCUAGUUACAAUCGUGGUAAACAUAGCGAUACAUCGGCUGACGUUAAUGAAAACCAUUUUCUACGUCUGUUUGCCAUCGUUCCGAGCAAUCGUACGGAGGAGCAACUGAAGGAAGAGUUUGGCUGCCACGGAACGGUUACACAGAUUCGCCUGGUAGCGGAUAAAAAGAAUGACAAACAGUGUGCGGCGUACAUCAAGUUCAACACCUUCCUAGAAACGGCUCUGGCAAUCGAAAACUGCAACCCGCAAUACAAAGCAAAGUUUUGCGUUCCACGCAAGCACGAACGGGAACAGAAAGGACAACCCCCAAAAGCAGAUCCGAUCAACAGAAAGCGAACACAUUCGCCUGAUCGAUUACCGUCAGUCCGGAGUGACACGAAGCUGGUCGUAAUCUGUAGCAGUCAGUUGAAUCAGGAUCGAUUGUGGCGUUUGUUUGACAUAUGUCCCGGAAUGAAGUACUGCAACAUCAUUACAGCGAAUGAAAUAAAUAUAACAGCCGCAGCAGUGUAUUCUAGCCGUGAAGAAGCCCAACGGGCGGUUGAUAAAAUACAUGGGUUAGAAUAUCCGAUCGGAGAAAGGAUAAUCGUGCAAUUUGAAGACGAGUUCAAGGAGGAAAUCAUUACCAAAGAUGCAUUAUCGCACUUCGGUCCACCGAAGCCGCUUGUAUCGGAACUGGUGUCAUGUGUAAGGAAAGCUUUUUUCAUCUGUAUUCCCGAGCCGGUCUCGUUGAAACUACUCACGGAUGCGUUCUGCCGGUUUGGCGAUCUCAUUAAAGUGUAUUUCGUGCCGGGAAAACGGCACGGGUACGCAGAAUUUGCCAGCAUUAUUGCCGCAAACCGAGCUAUCCAGCAGCUGCACGGCAUACAGCUGGGCGAAUGUCAGCUGAAGGUGCUGGAAUGUGCCGAAUACACUGGAGAAAGUAAGCGAAAUAGGAUGGAAAAUUAA